AUGGCGUCGCAUGUCGUGGUCAUCGGCUCGGACCUACGCCGUGCCACCAUCAAAGUCACCCCAGGCACAUAUCUAAUAGACAUUUUGCAGGAGGCCUGCAAAAAGCUCAACAUCUCGAGCGACAAAUACAUACUCAAGCACAAGCAAAAAACCGUUGACCUCACCGUUCCCUUUCGCACCACGGGCCUCGUCGGGGGCGCCAAGCUCGAGCUCGUCCAAAAGUCCAACACGCCGUCCGCUGUGCAGAUUGGCCUGCAGCUGCCGCAGCCCGAGGCCAAGGAGAUCCCCGGCGGGCGCCUCAUCAAGAAGCUGCCGUCGGACCUGACGCUCUGGGGCGUGCUGCGGCAGCUGGAGAGCGGCGAUGCGAGCGCGGGGCGCAACAUCAACAUUACGGCGCGGGGGGUCGCGCGGACGAGCGGCGCGGACGGCGUGGCCUCGGGCGCUGGUCAGCUAUACUACGAGACGCCCGUGCUCAACAUCAUGGGCCGCGACUACACGACGUUUGCCGACUUUCAGAAGACGCUGGCCCAGCUGGGGCACAACUCGGGUAGCGUGUUGAUUCGCCUGUCGUUUAAGACGACGGACCAGACGCUGUUUGAAGCCAUGGAGCAGAUUGGUCAGUUCUUCAAGGACACGAGGGGGGAACCGACGGCGCCUGCGCCGCCAGAGCCACCGGCAGCCGAGGAGGCGCCGGCUGCACAGCUGCCAGAUACGCAGGUGCCGGAUACGCCCAUGGCCGAGGUACCACCGCCUGCCCAAGAACCGCUAGACGCAGCACCGGCGGCCGCUCCCGCUUUCAAGUCAGACGACCCGUACGAGCCUGCCGGUAUCUACCUGGCACCCUCUAAUAGUACACCGGCCGCGGCGCUGGCACCAGCCGCGGAGUCUGACUUCACACCCACCAUUGCGCACGCCAAGCUGCACCAGAGCCUGCUGCUACAAAGCUCCCGCAACAAGCGCCUCCCCUCCGACAAGGAGAUUGAAGCCAAGGCCGCCGACCACCAGGCGCGUCUCGCCUCGAUCAAGUCGGUGCUCGUCAAGGUGCGCUUCCCGGACAACACGAGCAGCGACUGGCACGUCGACCACGCCGCUACCGGCGCCUUUCUUCACGCCGCGGUCCGGCGCGUCAUGGCGGACCCGGCGCUGCCGUUUCGCCUCGUGCUGCCGGGGAGCGUCGGGAAGCAUGCCAUCAGGGACGACGCCGGCCCCAAGCACAGCCUCAUCGCGGGGUACAAGCUCCAGGGCCGGGUGCUGGUCAACCUGGUGUGGGACGACGCGGUGUCGCCGGCGCAGCGCCAGAAGCCGUUUUUGAGAGCCAAUGUUGCCGAGCAGGGACAGGCGAUCAAGGUGCCUGAGAUGCCCGAGUACGAGGUGGAGGAGCCGGCGCCGGCGCCCAAGGCGGAGAGCAGCGAGACGAAGAAGUCGGGGGAUGGCAACGGAGGCUCCAAAGUGCCCAAGUGGUUUAAGCUAGGCAAGAAAUAA